GAAGGGAAAGUGUGAUUCAAAGUUCAAUGUUGUUGAGAGAAGACAUUUGAAAAUCACGUGAAAGCAAAUCAGCCGAAAUCGCAUCCAAUCUCAUGCAUCGCUCAGAGAUGAAUUCAAUUGCCAGAAACCGAUCGCUAAGUCUCAUCCUUCUUGCUUUCUCUUUGCACUUUGUUAUCGGUUUUUCCGAUGACUCGCCUGUUACUAAAGAUCUCACGAAGAUAGAACAUUUUGCCACCAGAAGCCCUAGUACUAUAAUUGUCCUUGUAUUAAUUGGGAUUGUGCUGUUUUCCUUGUUCUCCUUUGCCCUUUUUAAACUUUGGCGGAAGAAGAAAAGGGAAGAACAAUACGCUCGUCUUUUGAAAUUGUUCGAAGAGGAUGAUGAGUUAGAGCUUGAGCUUGGCCUAAGGGACUGACCUUUGCAGUUCGACAUCUUCAAGAUUG